AUGUGUCCGCGAGAUAUUGAGCGCAUUGCAUCUGCGCCCAGAGACAGAAGGCGCCGCAGGGGCGGCGGUGGUCAUGGUGGUGGUCAUGGUGGUGGUCAUGGCGAUGGCUCAUCCGGCGACGGCAAGAGCAGCAGCGGGGAAAAAGGCAGCAGCGGGAAACAAAGUAGUAGCGGGAAGUCUGAUGGAAUUUCAUCUUCCAGUGGCACCAAAUCCGGCAGGAGUUCAUCAGGCGACAGCAGCGAACGUCCGGUACCCAUCUCCGGCUCCACAGCAGGCAGAACCACUGCGCUGGCGUAUGGUCCCGGAGGGGGUCGCUCAGUCGUCAUACCAUUCGAGAGCAUUUUUGCCGGACGCACUUCGGGCGGCGGCACGCGUAACGAAGUAUACGGCUCAGACUACUAUGGUAGUGGGUAUCCAUAUGAUACAGAACGAGGCGUCUCCGGCCGGGGAUUUCCAUUCGUGUUCUGGCCCGUGGUCUGGGGUGGCUACCACGGUUAUGGUGCACCGUACCUAUACGACCCCGAGUAUGGGUCCACCAGCAAUACAAGUCGACCCGGGGGACCACUAGCGCAAGCCAACUUCACCAGCUUAAACGGCAACAACACCUUCUACAUAAUUUCGGACAACAGCACGGUCACCUCGCUCAUCACCUCCGUCCGAGACAAUUGCACAGUAGGGCCGUUCUCGUCCACCGUCCCCAUACCAUUCAACGGGACAUUGUCGGAUCCCCUCCCGGAGCAGGCUAUCCAGUACUACCGCGCGAGCUCCGUAGCGUUGACGCUUGCAAGAUAUAACGACACUGCUGCGUUGAGUAAUAAUCCCAACGCCACGCCCGUCGUGCUGCCGAACUGGAUCAAUCACACUCUGCUCGACUGCCUGAACGGCACAAUCGCGGAGGCGGUGCCUCUGAUAAACGCAGCUGACGCUCGAUGGGAAAUAUGCACUCAUAACCUUCGAUCGGCUAGCCUUCAUUAA